CGUGGACUUUCAUGGGAAGAAGUUGCUCCAGAACGCAUUACCACCGGAGAAGAUAUUAUUAUCUUAGUACAACCAAAUUAUUCUAAACAUAUAAAAUCAUCAAAUAAUCGUUGGUUUGUUGAAUGUUUCAAGCAACUACUCUGCGUUGUUUAGUGUUCAAAAACUUUAGGAACGUAUUGUUUUGUAACCUUUCAACCUGCCACCAAUCGAGGGAAGCUGACUUCUAAAAUUUCGGAAGACUCGAGCCUGACGACCCUUUUAGAAUCUGAGUUUUUGGGUGGUGUGCGUGAAAUUUAUGGCAGGUGAAGGCGGUACAGGGGGUGCGUCGAGGCAGCUUGAUCAGACACCAACAUGGGCAGUUGCUGGUGUAUGUGCAGUCAUUAUACUCAUCUCUAUUGCCUUGGAAAAGAGUCUUCACAAAGUUGGAACGUGGUUAACAGAGAGGCAUAAGAAAGCUCUUUAUGAGGCUUUGGAGAAGGUCAAAGCUGAGUUGAUGAUACUUGGUUUCAUCUCGUUGAUCCUCGUCUUCAGUCAGUAUUACAUUGCUGGAUUCUGCAUACCUUAUCAUGUUGCUGAUACUAUGUUGCCUUGUCCUCUGAACAACAAAAAUGAUAAGGAAGCACCUCACCGUAGACUUUUAUGGUACGAGCGUAGAGUAUUAGCAGGAGGUACAGAGCCUAAGUGCAAGGAGGGUCACACAGCGCUUAUAUCAGUCAACGGGCUGCAUCAGAUACACAUUCUUAUAUUCUUUUUAGCAGUACUUCAUGUGAUUUAUAGUGCUGUUACUAUGGCACUUGGAAGACUGAAGAUUCGAGGCUGGAAACAAUGGGAGCAGGAGACCUCAUCACAUGAUUAUGAGUUUUCAAAUGAUCCUUCAAGAUUCAGGCUUACUCAUGAGACAUCUUUUGUGAAAUCGCACACGAGUUUUUGGACUAGUAUUCCCAUCUUCUUUUAUAUUGGAUGCUUUUUUCGACAAUUUUUUAGGUCCGUCAACAAAUCCGAUUACUUAACCCUUCGCAAUGGGUUCAUUGCUGUUCACUUAGCACCUGGAAGUAAAUUUAACUUCCAGAAAUAUAUCAAAAGGUCACUAGAAGAUGACUUCAAAACAGUUGUGGGAGUCAGUCCAGUGUUAUGGGGAUCAUUUGUGGUGUUCUUGCUAUUAAAUGUUAGUGGGUGGCAGGCAUUGUUUUGGGCAUCCUUAAUUCCUCUAUUUAUUAUCUUAGCCGUUGGCACGAAACUUCAAGCCAUUUUGACACGAAUGGCUCUUGAAAUAACAGAAAGACAUGCAGUGGUACAAGGUAUUCCUCUUGUACAAGGAUCAGAUAAAUAUUUUUGGUUUGGUCGGCCUCAGUUGGUUCUUCACCUUAUCCACUUCGCAUUGUUUCAGAAUGCCUUCCAGAUUACAUACUUUUUAUGGAUAUGGUAUGAAUUUGGGCUAAAAUCUUGCUUUCAUGACAAUUUCAAGCUCGUAAUUGCAAAAAUCGCGUUAGGGAUGGGAGUCCUAUUUUUAUGCAGCUACAUUACACUUCCUCUUUAUGCCGUUAUAGCUCAGAUGGGUUCACAUAUGAAGAAAUCUAUAUUUGAUGAACAAACAUCCAAGGCCCUGAAGAAGUGGCAUAUGGCUGUGAAGAAAAGGCAAGAAGGGAAAGGAGGAAGGUCUCCUAGAAUGCUGGGAAGUGGAAGUCCAACUUCUUCAAUGGGUUCACCUGGACCUACACUUCAUCGUUUCGAAACUACGGGACACUCGACACGUUUCUCGAGAUACGAGGAACACGGUGAAUCAUCGGACCUUGAGGCCGACCAAUCGGUGCAAACGGAAAAAACUUCCAGCUUAAUUGUGAGAGUUGAACAUGAUGGUGCAGAAAAUCACAGGAGUAUACCCCAUAAUGGAGAAGAAAGUAAUAAUGAAGAUUUCUCAUUUGACAAGCCUGCCCCACUUCAUUGAGUUUUGCUAAUUUUGUCAGCAGUUUACUAUUUUCUCCUCUUUUUUCUGUGUAUUCAUUGGUAGGAAUUGCAAUUUGAAAGGAGCAUGUUAGAAUAUAGUUCAACUCUUACAUAUUUCACAAGAUUACUUCUACUGAAGUCUCAAAUUCAGAUUUGUCUCCAACAUUGUGGACAGUUAAUAUAUAGUUAAUGAAUCUUUCCGUUAUAAUA